AUGAAGGAGGACUCUGUUGCCUCAGUACUUCUUGUGAAGAGGUUCCAGACUGAAGGCCAGUGCCUCACAGGGGUCAGCGCCUCCAUCUCAAGCUCUUGUCCCUGUCCCACAGGAUUAGGCUCUAGGUGGGCAGAAGAUCCGGCGCUUCCUGUUUUGGGGGGGGGGGAUGCGGAAAAGGCUCAGGCGUGCCAGGAGGAAGUAGUGACCAUGCUGGCCAAGGGCACAGUAGAGGAGGUUCCUAUGUCAGAAUGCACUCCCGGCUUCUACUCCAGAAUGUUUCUGGUUCGGCAGAAGUCCGGUGCGUGGGGUCCGAUCAUAGAUCUCAGUGCCUUCAACAGGCACGUAGAUUCUCUUCACUUCAAGAUGGAAACCCCUCAGGUUAUUAUGGCCUUUGUGGGUGAUGGAAUUUGGGCAACUUCAGUAGAUCUGAAGUAUGCCUUCUUCCAUAUCCCCAUCAAGAAGUCGGCACGGAAGUUCCUCCGUUUCACGUGCAAUGGCUGGGUCUUCAAAUUCGGGGCCAUGCCCUUCGCUCCUUUGGUGUUCACCAAGUUGCUGCAUGUGGUUGUGGGAUUCCUUCACUCACACGGAAUAGACGCCCACAUCUAUUUCAAUGACUCCCUCAUGCUUCAUUUGGUGAGGGAAUCAUGUGGUCCCCCUAGGGAAGCUUCACAUCAGACCACUGCAGAUGUUCCUCCUGUCCAACUGGGUUCCGUCAUCCAGGAAGUGGGAGGCCUGGAUUCCUCUUACCCAGUUUGUCAGGGAGUUCGCUUGCUAAUGGACCAUUCAGGAGAACGUUCUCUGCGGAGUGCCUCUGACCAAGUCUGUCCCCUCUAUGAACAUGGUCACGGAUGCGUCCAUGACAGGAUGGGGGAGCUUACCUCAACGACCAAUGACGCAUGGGGGAGUGGUCUGGCGAACAGCUCUCGGAGCACAUCAAUGUGUGGCCAGGGUGCUACAGAAGUUGCAGGAGCAUCACAGCUCCUUACUUUUGAUAACCCCUCUGUGACCGAGGCAAACUUGGUUUCCGGAGCUCUUGUCGUAUCUGGCGGAGCCCCUGGCUAUCCCCACAAGACUGAAUCUCCUUCCCCAGCCGCAGGAAAUGCCAAUAAUCCUCCAAGGUUGUUAAAUUUUUCACAGUCUCGAGUGAUCGUUCGUGGGGAAGACACAGCUUUAAACACCACAAUUGGAACCCUGACAGCAGUUGACAGUGACGGACCCAGUGAGAUCUUAUUUGACAUCACAGAUUCCAGUACGUCACAGCUGGUGCGUCUGAGUGAGGCCCGUGGUGCAAGUACAGUAGGACGAAGUGUAGACAUAAUCCUCAUCUCCCCACUCGACAGGGACAGGGAACCUUCGGAAAGGAAGAUGUAUUUCUCAGUAGCAGAUGGUGAAUCACCACAGGAACACAACACAGUGAUGUAUGUGACACUGUUCAUCAGAGAUGUAAAUGAUGAGGUACCAGAAUUCAGUAACCUUCGAUACAAGGCAUCAGUAGCAGAGAAUGCUACUAUUGGAGUUACUGUUUCCAAAGUAACAGCUACAGACCCAGACAAUGGACCUGGGGGAACUGUUAUUUAUUCCAUGCAGCCAGUCGCACAGGCAGCCGACAGCGAAUAUAAAAACGCCUUCAGAAUAGAUCCAAACAACGGUGAAAUCAUCGUUAAUAGUCCACUAGACUACGAAAAACACAACUUUUACGAAUUUGUCAUCACUGCAGUCGAUGGUUUGGGAAAACCAUGCAAGGACAAUGCAGACUUUGUGGUGACCAUUGUAGACGUGCAAGACACACCACCAUCCUUUUUUAACUUGCCCUACAGUGUGAGCAUGAUGGAGAAUGCUGCAAAGGGAGAGCAGGUUUUGCAGGUAACUGCUCUUGAUGGGGAUCGUGAUGAGCGUAUUAGAAAUAAUUUAAGAUACAGUUUUCUCGAUGGAGACUAUCAGAAUUUUGCUCUAAAUAGUACCACAGGCUGGAUAACAGUAAAAAAUGAACUGGACCGUGACAAUCCUAUAAUUCAACAACGAGGGGGUGUGUACGCUUUUUCUGUAGAGGCAACAGAGAUUGUAAAUCCAGGAGAUUUCAACGUUGGCAGUAUCAAUGCCACAACGCUGGUCACAAUUACUGUCAGGGAUGUGAACGAUAACCCUCCAACAUUCACUGAAACAUCGUAUGAUGCCACAAUAUUAGAAAACAUGCAGGAUGGCGUUCCAGUUUCCUUUAUAGGGUCAACCAAAUUUAUGUCAGUCAGUGACAAGGACCAGGGUAAAAACAGCUAUUUUGUUUUGUCACUGCAAAAGGAUGGGCAGCCUUACCAUGAUUUUGCUCCACUUCCUAGUGAAGUUUUCUCAGAAUCCACCAUACUGAUUCGUGUCAAUAAUAGUAGUAACCUUGACUAUGAGAAGAUGACCUCAGUCAACUUUCAGAUCAUUGCCAUGGAGGUUGACACAUCUGAGAGGAGGAGUAGCACUGCAGACAUCACUGUUCACAUUGAGGACAUGAAUGAUAAUCCACCAGUAUUUGAUCAGAGUGUGUAUUCAGCUAGUGUCCAAGAAAACAUCCAACUUGGCUUCACAGUCAUGAAAAUUACGGCAAGUGACGAUGAUUCUGGAAUUUUCGGACUAGUCACAUACUCAUUGAGGGGCGGCAACGGAAGAUUUGACAUCAAUGAGCAGACAGGAGUGGUUACAGUGGAUGGUCUUCUUGACCGGGAAACAGUAGAGGAAUACUACCUUACAGUAGAGGCCAAAGAUGGCGGUGGUUUCAGAUCUACAGCCGAACUAAGGGUCAACAUCACAGAUAAAAAUGACAUGAUUCCAACAUUUCGUCGUGACGAGUACUUCAGCAGUGUCAAGGAAAAUAAUCUGCACUUCAUACGAGGUCCACUUUUUGUUGAAGCAUUUGAUGAUGACCAGCCAGGUACCAACAACAGUGAGGUUAGAUAUAGGAUAGUGGACAUCCCUUCAGGACUAAACAAUAACUUCACCAUCAACAGCACAUCUGGAGAGGUAGCAGUCACUUCUCCACUGGACUAUGAAAAACUUGACCCAGACUUGAAGGGCAAAGUGCUCCUUAAGAUAGAAGCAUACGAUUUGGGAGUUCCUCAGAAACAAAGAGCCAUCCCUGUUACCAUAGAAGUUGAGGAUGAGAAUGACAAUGCCCCGAUCUUUGCUCAGAGUAUAUAUACUGCUGAUGUGAUGGAGAAUGCAACAGAAGGCACCAUGGUGAUACAGGUACAUGCAACGGAUGCUGAUGGUACAGACCUCAACCACCAGUUCCUUUAUCGUAUCGAUAGUGGUGCACAGGAUAAGUUUCGUAUUGACUUCCAAACGGGUAACAUUACAGUAGAAAAGGGAGCAAAACUUGACCGCGAAACUCUUGCAAAUUAUACAUUGAUUAUUUCUGCCACUGACCGGGGCAUAAAAUCAUUGGUGGAGAAAUGUGAGGUCAAGGUCACUAUUAUAGAUAUUAACGAUGAGCUGCCUGUAUUUUCUCCAUUAACAAAAUCUGUGAGUGUACUUGAAGACAGUGGAUUAAAUGAAGUUGUUACCCGAUAUGCUGCGAGUGAUGCUGAUGUUAAUCACAAGCUACGGUAUAGUGUGAUACCUGGAUCUGUCCGUGCUGUGGAUGAGAACAGUCAGACAGUGGAUAUUCAUGCCAAUAACAUACAGAACUAUUUUACGGUAUUACCAGAUACAGGUGAUGUAGUAGUGAAAUCACCACUGGAUCGUGAGACUGCGGAGCGGGUUGUGCUAGAGAUUCUUGUUGAGGAUGUCAAUGCGUGGCACCCAUCUAUACAGAACGCCACAGCUACAUUGACAAUCGAUUUGAUAGAUGUCAAUGACAAUUACCCAAAAUUUGUUCCAAGUUCCAUGUACAAGGUGAAUAUAUCGGAAGGCAGGGACAUAAACGAUUUUGUUACCAUGGUGAUAGCUACAGACGCAGAUGAGAAUCAGCAGCUUCAGUAUUUCAUUGGGGAAGAUAUAUCUAGUUCUUUCAAAAUAAUGGAUCCAACUGCAGGUCAAAUAUUGUUGAAAAAGAAACUAGACAGAGAGAAAGCACCCACUGUAGAGUUCAAAGUGAUAGUCGUGGACAAUGGAUCUCCUACUCGGCUUUCGUCGACAGCAAACGUCGUAGUCACAGUCGUGGACAUCAAUGACAAUCCACCAGUAUUUUAUCCUCAUUUCAACAUCCUGCGCGUACCAGAGGAUGCCAGCAACAACACUGUCAUCGCCACAAUCAAUGCAUAUGAUGUCGACACUGGAAUCUUCGGGCAGGUGUUUUAUGCACUGAAGGUUUCUCCAGAUGAUCAUAACUUUGCUAUCAAUGAAGUUACAGGUGAAAUAUCAGUAGAAGGUAGCUUAGACAGAGAGCAUCGACCUUCAGGAUAUAGCAUUGAAGUGACUGCUACCAACAGGCUUGACCCAGACAACCAGUUGUCAAAUUCCACAGGAAUCAUACAUAUUGAAAUCCUAGACAUCAAUGAUAAUAAUCCUGAUAUCACUAGUACUCAGGGUAUCCUAAAGUCCCUCAAGGAAGACGAGCGUAACGGUACUGAAGUGUGUCGCAUUCAGGCACAGGACCCAGACCAGGGAAUCAAUGGCACCGUCGCCUUCUCUCUGACAGCAGAUAGUAAUACCACAGGUGGUUUUGCAUGGUUUGCUAUGAGUACAGUGUUGAACACAGCGACGGGACAGAAUGAGGGUGUUAUGACACUUCGGGAGAGCAUACUAGACAGAGUUGGAGAGUUCUAUGUCACAGUGCGAGCAUCUGAUCUUGGAAUUCCAGCACAGUUCUCUGAGAAACAACUCAUGAUUACAGUGAAAGAUGUUAAUCGUGACCAGCCAACCUUUGUCAAGCCAGCAAGAGACAGCGAGGUGGUCUUUGUUAAGGAGGAACAAGAGGGUGCUCAUGUAAUGUUUGUCAAGGCCAUUGAUAAUGACCAUGGUGAGAAUGGAAGGGUCCGUUACAACAUUUCACAUGUUAAGGACUAUAUCUACUUCAAGCUUGAUGAGGAUUCGGGCCAACUGACCAUCAACGGUACACUAGACCGAGAAGAUCCUACACAUCAAGGAAAAUACCAGAUCAAGAUCAAUGCCUUUGAUAACGGUUACCCUAAAAGCUACAUCAGGUCAACAAACCUGAUUAUACAGUUACUAGAUGUCAAUGAUCAAGACCCUGUGUUUGAGAGGAUACCUAGCAUGGAGCCUUUUGUCCUUGGACCCGUUCUUGAGGAACAGUCUGUGGCUUUUGUUGGUUAUGUUAAUGUUUCCACAGAUGCAGAUACAGAUGUGAACUUCACCAAAACAUGUUAUCACAUUGUUGGAGGCACCAUGAUGGAUUAUUUUCACCUCAAUGUGACGGGAGGCCUCUUCAUAAAAAAGGUCAUUGACAGAGAAGGGGGAAUCAAUGGCCAACCUAUUGACACUGUAGAUUUGGUUGUCUGGGCAACACCACUGUGUUAUCUAGAUACAGGUGUUAUCUCCAGAAGAAAAAGGUCAACAGAUUUGCGUUUGGCACCUCUAGAGUAUGACCCUAGGAACACCACUUUACUCUGGGUACAGGUUAAUAUUGGGGAUAUCAACGACCAUGCACCCAGGUUUAAAGAACCUGUACUCAGCAUUGGUGUCAGUCGUAAAACACAGCUUGCAGAAAUUAUCUACAAACUACAUAAUGAUGUGGUAGAUGAAGAUAUAGGUAAAAACCGAGUUCACAGAUACCACAUGAACAGUAUAACUUUCAGUCCCUACCCUGGCAGUUCCAACCAACAGCAAGCAUCCAUCAAUUCCUCAUUCUAUUUGUUUCCCAACAACGGUACCAUCAAGACAAGUACUUAUUUCCGUUCUGACUUGUCUGGAUAUUACCUCAUGAAUGUAUCAGUCAUGGAUACAGUGGCACCAUUCUUUUCCAGCAACGCUCUGAUACGGAUAUCCUUGAUCAACGAUAAUCAAAGGGUCAAAGUUAUUUUCCGGAGUUCUGUUGAAGAAGUUAAAAACAUUUCUUCUCGGUUUAGAGAUGAUCUUGAGAGAAUAACAGGCUACAGAAUAGUUGUGGAUCAGAUACAGACACAUGAAAACACCCAGGGCAAACCAGAAGUAGAUAAGACUGAUAUGUUCAUUCAUGCAGAAGAUAAAGCCACCAACACCAUUAUAGAACCUUCUGAGCUGUUGAGUAAAAUUGAUGCUCAUGCAGCAGAAUUAAUUGGUGUCUUGAACGAGUAUAAUAUUCUUCAAAUUGUGCCUACAACACAGGAGGAGGAGGAGGAUGAUUCCAAGCGUUUAUUAGUGAUGUCCAUUGUUCUCAUAGCAAUCAUACUUGGCAUCCCCUGUCUUGUAUUAGCCAUCGUCCUUCAUAUUGUUAGGAAGCAAUACCAAAGGAAACUAAAAGCAGCAACAGCAAUGGCAUAUGGGUCGAAAGAUUCAGAUAUGCAAAAACUGGAAAUGCCUGGCACAAAUAUGCAUGCAUAUGAAAAUGCAAACCCUAUAUUUAUGGAGAAGGUGCUGUUAGAAGAUGCUGGGGAAGUUGAGGAUAAUGACUCGAUCGAUAACAAUGCCGUGGACCCUGCUCAAAUCCACCCGUACGAUGUUCAGGAAAGAUCUCUCAAUUUCCUCGGCGAGUAUGACAAGACUACAACCUUUGGGCCACCAGACAUGAACCUCACAGCAGCACUGAAAGCACAUGAGGAUUCAAAGAUUCACAAGACCAAUGGCCAGGCUAACAACCAUAAGCCAAUGAAUGGUCAUGUAGAUAAGACUGAGACCAAUGGCAUGGAUACACUGAUGUUGGAUGGCCUUAAGACAACUGAGAUCUGACCAGUCAUGACAAGUUAUAAUUUAUAGAUCGUAAAUUUAUAUAUACGA